AUGCUGGGCAGCAUCCCUCCGGUGCAGGAGGAGUCGGUGAAAAGGAAAGGAAACAAAAAAGACAUGGAAGAGAUCAGUGACGUUGUCAUGCGGUACAAGAGGAAGGUUCUGCAACAAACGCGGCUCAACCCACGGGAGUGGCAGCAGCAUGCAGUCUUUCGCCGCGGUCGCUACACCAGGAACAUUGUUGGCUAUUCACCGAAUCAGUUCAUCGCUCUGCUGCUAUGCUGGGAGAAGGGGCAACAGAGCCCGAUCCAUGAUCAUUCAGGUGCUCAUUGCUUCAUAAAGAUGCUCAGCGGUAGGAUCCGGGAGAGGAAAUUUGCCUGGGCAGCAGAUGGCACUGUUGGCCCAGAGGCUGUAACACGCUUAGCCAGAUUUCACUAA